UCUCAAAGUGUGGUCGGUGGACCACUGGUGGUCCGUGAGCACCCCCUAGUGGUCCGUGAGUAUAUUGGUAAAAUGUCACAUUUGAAAUAAAUAAAUACAUUUCAGUUUUCCGCACUCUCACGGGAAUAUCUCCACAAUGGAACGUGGUUAAGUUGAACUUUUUAUUGCAUGACAUAGCCCAGCGCAACACCUUCAUCUCACAUGUUGCCACUUGUUUGUACCAUUUUCAGGCGAUUUGUAGUCUGUUCUAGAAAAACGAUGUGUUUUUUUAUAUUUGUGGAGUUAGGUGGUCCGCGAGUGUUUUUUUAUUGGUUAAGUGUUCUUGGUAUGAAAAAGUUUGAGAAACACUGAUAUAGACAACCACAUACAUGUCCGUGUGGAAACAAUACCCCCACUCUAGUUCCACGUGUGGAUUAUGUAACCCAGUGUAUUAAAGGUGGUCACCACAACACUUUAUUUUUGGUGCCAGAUUAUGAUGAAAAGAAAUAGACCAGUAUAUUUACUAUGCAUGUUGUUUUUCUCCCUCUCAGAUUCAGCAUGGCAGCCAAGGACAUUUUGAGAAGUAAUAAGACAUCCAUUGUGGACACUUUGGGUGCAGACUACGCGCUAAUCCUCAACAAAGUUCAAGAGAAAGAGUUGAUAACUCCACGUGAGUACAACAAUCUGAAAAGCAUCAACAAAGAGAACGAUGAGGGCCACGUUGUGAAGUUGGUGGAUAAGAUCAUGAACAAAGGAGAGGAGACCUGCCAAGCCUUCCUGAAGCUCCUGCAAACUGAUGAGAUCCAGGAGACUUUCCCUGAGCUGAAGAUACUGAAGGGAAACUGCCUCUUGCCACACCCGGUUCAGGCUUCUUCAGUUGACAACACCGAUCAUCAGCAACAAAGGAGAGAGGAGCCGAGCAGCGCGAGAGGCACCAAGCGGUCUUCAUCAACGUUGUUCGUACACCAUCCCUCGCCUCAGAAAAAGGUGAGGGCCAGCUCUCCCCCGCGACCACUCACUCCCAAAGCCGAGAACGUGAUGAGGGAGCCUUUCAACUUUCAGCCAACCGCCUUCUUUCCAGUGAACGUGAUGAGGGAGCCUUUGUACUCUCAGAUUGGAACCACCUUCAGUCCAGUUGAUCUGAGGCAGUCAAUGAUGUUCAGCACUCCGGAAAAUAUUAACCAACCACCCAGCUCCACUCGGAAAUCCCCAGGAAAAGCUUCAAAGACGGUUGCCACUAAAGGACCGAAAGCCCCCAAAGCACAGACAGCCACUAAAGGACCGAAAGCCCCCAAAGCACAGACAGCCACUAAAGGACCGAAAGCCCCCAAAGCACCGACAGCCACUAAAGGACCGAAAGCCCCCAAAGCACAGACAGCCACUAAAGGACCGAAAGCCCCCAAAGCACCGACAGCCACUAAAGGACCGAAAGCCCCCAAAGCACCGACAGCCACUAAAGGACCGAAAGCCCCAAAAGCACAGACAGCCACUAAAGGACCGAAAGCCCCAAAAGCACCGACAGCCACUAAAGGACCGAAAGCCCCAAAAGCACCGACAGCCACUAAAGGACCGAAAGCCCCAAAAGCACAGACAGCCACUAAAGCACCGAAAGCCCCAAAAGCACCGACAGCCACUAAAGGACCGAAAGCCCCCAAAGCACAGACAGCCACUAAAGCACCGAAAGCCCCAAAAGCACAGACAGCCACUAAAGGACCGAAAGCCCCCAAAGCACCGAAAGCCACUAAAGGACCGAAAGCCCCCAAAGCACAGACAGCCACUAAAGCACCGAAAGCCCCAAAAGCACCGACAGCCACUAAAGGACCGAAAGCCCCCAAAGCACAGACAGCCACUAAAGCACCGAAAGCCCCAAAAGCACAGACAGCCACUAAAGGACCGAAAGCCCCCAAAGCACAGACAGCCACUAAAGGACCGAAAGCCCCCAAAGCACAGACAGCCACUAAAGCACCGAAAGCCCCCAAAGCACAGACAGCCACUAAAGGACCGAAAGCCCCCAAAGCACAGACAGCCACUAAAGCACCGAAAGCCCCCAAAGCACAGACAGCCACUAAAGGACCGAAAGCCCCCAAAGCACAGACAGCCACUAAAGGACCGAAAGCCCCCAAAGCACCGAAAGCCACUAAAGGACCGAAAGCCCCCAAAGCACAGACAGCCACUAAAGCACCGAAAGCCCCCAAAGCACAGACAGCCACUAAAGGACCGAAAGCCCCCAAAGCACAGACAGCCACUAAAGGACCGAAAGCCCCCAAAGCACCGAAAGCCACUAAAGCACCGAAAGCCCCCAAAGCACAGACAGCCACUAAAGGACCGAAAGCCCCCAAAGCACCGAAAGCCCCCAAAGCCACUAAAGGACCGAAAGCCACCAGCAGGUCUGCAAAGUCUCCUGGACCGUCUAGUGCUCGCAAGGUGAUGAAGAAGAAGAAGUAGAGCUGGAAGAAGGUUUGAGGACUGGUUCCCAGUGAUGGUCCCCCCUUCAGGGCAUAUCAUUUUUAUUUCGCUUUUUAGACCCGUUUUUCUUAAUUGGUCUGCUGCACUUUUAAAAGUUUCUGUGCCGGUGCCUCGCUGUGACUGGAUUGUUUGCUCUCUGCCUGAGCUGUUGCUCUUUCGGACUCUGGAUGGCUGUCUGUCCUGCCGUGCUGUCGGGGGCUGAUCCACCUGAGCUGCUGAUCCACCUGAGCUGCUGAUCCUGAACUAGGUGUGUUGCAGCACAAUGUCGCCUAAAGCUACCCUCGUGUUCGUUCUUCUUCUGGGAUUAAUUGUCAGCCCACAUGUCGGCAAAGCUGACGGAUUGCCUCCCAGCGAUAACUCUGUUCACUUCGGACACUCGGAUGGUGGAACCUCUGGAGCGUUGACUCCAUCGGAUAGUUUUUACCAAAAGCUGACGUUUCAUGGCACGAAAUGCGCUCUCCGCCCUUUUGACUCUGGACUCGCUAACAUCGAAGGAUCGGAGCAGCCCCGCCCCCCUGAGGAGCGACGCGUCCAGAGCCCAUGUGAAAAAAAUCAUCUUCCAGACUGUUAAUAUUGUUACUGCUAUUACUCUCUGGUAACGUUAACAUGAACCCUGGUCCUGAGUGUUUCUCUGCUUCCUUCUCCGAAUGAGUUUAGCUGUAGGCAAGGAUUGGGGUUUCUGCAUGUUAAUGCUAGAAGCCAGUGCCCACAUUAGAUGUUUUCAAGACCUGCUUUUUAGUUGCUAAGCCUGAUAUUGUUGUAGUUUCUGAAACCUGGUUAAAACCGUCUGUCACUGACUCUGUUAUUCACAUUGAUGGAUCUAAUGUAUUCAGAGCGGAUCGUAAGGGCAGAGCUGGUGGUGUUGCAAUAUACACUGCUGAGAAACUACAGUGCUCAGUCCUUCACUCAAUUUCAAUUCCAAGGCAAUUUGAGUUGCUAGCUCUCUAAAUAAUGUAGAGUUAUAUUUGUAUUUAUUCAUGUUAGCAAACUAUGGAUAAGCUUAAAAUGGGAAUAAUUUGGGUAAAACUGUGAGCUGGAUUUGGGGCCUGUUGACAUGUGUUUUUGAGGACAAAGGAAGAUGGGGGAAG